AUGACGUACGAUAUCCCUAGUAAUUUGAAAAAAUUUACAUGUUUGCACAAAUAUGGAGUGCACUUUUUGUGGUACCCUCCUAAAUUUUCACAAUCAAGAUUAGGAAACAAGAAAACAAAAGGGAGCAACGCGUGCACCAUCAUAGCACUGCUGAUGGCGAAAAACGUACACAAGUCGAGCGUUCGCUUGAAAUGUAUGUUCACGUCGCCCACCCAGGACGUGCUGGCCAAGUUGUUUUCGGACGCAAUACGCAAAGGUAACGCGAUACACCAGGAUCUGUUCAAAAACUGCUCGGAUGACGACCAGGACACGAACCUAACCGUGCCGGAAGCGAUGAACGCGGCGAAAUCGUGUCUAGGCACGUUGACCGAAUGGAAAAGUUUCGUCUACAGGAACGAAAUGACCGCCAACUUAUACGCCGAAAUGCAACGCAACGUGAAGGACUGGCAAGCGAGUCCCGCGUGUUGCCACGCCAAUCAUCUGUACAUGAUCCUCAUCGCUCACAACAAGGCUGUUCUGUUCGUGAUGCAAUUUGACGCGAACUGCGUAUUACUCGUGGAUUCUCAUCAACAUUUACCGUACGGAGCUUUGAUGUCUCAGACUCGAUUAACGAAUUUGGAAAAUUUAUGCUUAUGGUAUUCCCACAUGUUGUGUAAUGCAGUAGGAUCACAGCCGAUUGCAUACGAACUCAGUUUUUUGUAUUACAAAUGUGAAAAACGCAAUGACAAAACAUUUAGCAGAUAA